AUGUUACGUAUGGAAGAAUUUUAUCAAACAACGUUAUUAGAUGAUAUAAUGAUAUUAACAUAUCGAGAUCGACAGUCGGAAGAAAAAUUUAUAGCCAAAAGGAAAAAAGUCUAUUUACCAAAAACCAAAUGGGCAUUAACGAAAGAUACCAAUCCUUAUUGUAAAAAUCGACCCAGACCUCCACCUCGAGGAAAUAAAACUUCGGGACCGGUACCACCUAAACAAUCACAUAAAACUUUACCACAAUUAACUCGAAUCGUUGUACAUUGUAUGAUGAAACAAGCUUUAAGUAAUAAACAACAUUUAUUAAGUGGAAUUAUGGCAUUACAAUGUAUUACCUCGGAAAGACCAGUUAUUGUGUAUUCUAAAAGUAAUGUUGCUAGAUGGAAAUUGCGUAAAGGAAUGCCAAUAGGAUGUAAAGUACACAUUUCAGGAGCAUCAAUGUACACAUUUCUAGAUAAAUUGGUGGAAAUAGUUUUACCGAGAAUUAAAGAAUGGUCAGGUAUUUCAAUUAAUACGGGCGAUCAAAAUGGGAAUAUAGCCAUAGGAUUUCCACCCGAAGUUUUAUCAUUAUUUCCAGAUAUAGAGAGUAAUUUUGAUAUGUUUCCAAUGAUGACGGGAUUUCAAGUGAUUUUUCAUACCACGGCUUUUACAGAUUUUGAAGGUAGGAUUUUAUUAAGUGGAUUUCAAAUUCCAUUUGAUCCUGGAAGAAAAAUUAAAAAGAAAAAGAAAAAGAAAUAA